AUGAGAUUUAUUUAUUUAUUUUUAACAAUUCUACCUAUUUCUUCAUAUUCUUUCAUUGUUGGUGGAUGCAUUGGUCCGAAGUCUGUAUUGGAAAGGUUUCUGAAUGAUAAACAGAAAACUGAAUUGAGAAAAAUAGUGCACAACAAGUUUGAUGGAUCCAACUCCGAACAGGUACUGGAAGAAUCGAACCGAUAUGUAUACGGGCAUGUAACUGAGGAGCAAUGGCAUUCAAUAGUUCCAGAACUGGCAGAAUAUCAAGCAAAGAAACACGAAUGUUCAGUUUAUGCUCAGCUUCUUCCGAAACAAUUGUAUCAACAGCUCCUAAAAUCAGUCCUUCGUGCUUCUGAAAUGGGCGCAUCGAAGUACGAUGUGAAAAGACUCGUUGAUGAUUAUGUGGAUAGACUCGCGAAAAAUGGAGUACUUCCAGAUGUAAUGGAUAAAGCACCCACAUUACCACGUGUCACACUACCUGAGUCCGAAAUCGCAUCUCAAUCUUAUCGAAAAUACCCGAAAAAGCCAAAAACCAUGGGAAAAGGGAAUAUGAAUAAUGGAAACAUGAAUAGAAAUGGAAUGGGUCCCGUCCAUCCAACAUUGAUCAAAUUUCCCGAACAGCAAAGAAAAACAACGAAUAAUAGAGAGAAGAACCCCAGAAAUAAUUACGGAAACAUUGGAAAUGGUCCAGUGAUGAAUAGAAAUAAGAAUACAGGAAGACAAAGUGGACAUCCGGACAACAUGGGCCUCCCAAUGUUUCCAAUUGCGAGACCAACACCAUACGAUCUAUCAGAGUUUAUGGAAAUUGGAGGAAAUAACGGAAGAUCAAGUCACAGAACUCCUCAGAACUUCCGAAGAUAUCCGGAACAUGAAUGUGAUUAUUAUGCAGGACCUUGUGCAACAUCAUUCUGA